UUUUGGGUUUGAAAUUCCAACAUGGCAGAGGCUGCAGUCCGUCUUCCCUUCAAAAACUUGGAAUGAUUUCAAAUCAUAGGCACCUUCACUUAACCCUAGCUUCCAUUCAUCAGCAAACACAUCGGAUCGAUGCUACGCUAACCUAUCGGGUUCUCUCCCGGCGCGUCCAGGUUAAAUGAAUACCUGACGAAAGGGCCCACGUUUCAAGGCAGUGACAUUUGAUAGCUGAGAGGAAAAGUGGCUUUAAUGAAAAGCAACCUUUGGAAUUCCUGCUUGUGAGAAAUCCAAUUCAGCUUUUUGUGCUGCCAGCAAGAAAUGAUCAGUAGCACCAGUGUUUAUGGCUUGAAGAUGCAGUGGACGCCGGAGCAUGCCCAGUGGCCAGAACAGCACUUUGACAUCACUUCAACCACUCGGUCUCCUGCCCACAAAGUUGAAGCCUACCGAGGGCAUUUGCAGCGCACCUAUCAGUAUGCCUGGGCAAAUGAUGAUAUUUCUGCUCUAACUGCAUCCAACCUACUAAAAAAAUAUGCAGAGAAGUAUUCUGGCAUUUUGGAAGGUCCCGUGGACCGACCUGUGCUCAGCAACUACUCAGAUGCACCAUCAGGACUAGUGAACGGUCGGAAGAAUGAAAGCGAGCCCUGGCAGCCUUCCUUGAAUUCCGAAGCUGUUUAUCCCAUGAACUGUGUUCCCGACGUUAUCACUGCCAGCAAAGCUGGCGUCAGUUCAGCCCUCCCUCCAGCAGAUGUCUCUGCAAGUAUAGGGAGCUCUCCUGGGGUAGCCAGCAACCUGACAGAACCUAGCUAUUCAAGUAGCACCUGUGGAAGCCACACUGUACCUAGUCUUCACGCAGGCCUCCCAUCUCAGGAAUAUGCCCCAGGAUACAAUGGAUCGUAUUUGCAUUCUACUUACAGCAGCCAGCCAGCACCUGCACUUCCUUCACCUCAUCCGUCUCCUCUGCAUAGCUCUGGGCUCCUGCAGCCGCCGCCACCACCUCCCCCGCCACCAGCCCUGGUCCCAGGCUACAAUGGGACUUCUAACCUCUCCAGUUACAGCUAUCCCUCAGCUAGCUAUCCUCCUCAGACUGCUGUGGGGUCUGGGUACAGCCCGGGGGGUGCGCCCCCUCCUCCUUCAGCGUACCUGCCUUCAGGAAUUCCUGCUCCCACGCCCCUGCCCCCCACUACCGUUCCUGGCUACACCUACCAGGGUCAUGGCUUGACGCCCAUUGCACCAUCGGCUCUGACAAACAGUUCGGCAAGUUCUCUCAAAAGAAAAGCUUUCUACAUGGCAGGGCAAGGAGACAUGGACUCCAGUUAUGGAAAUUACAGCUAUGGCCAACAGAGAUCUACACAGAGUCCUAUGUACAGAAUGCCCGACAACAGCAUUUCAAACACCAAUCGGGGAAAUGGCUUUGACAGAAGUGCUGAAACAUCAUCCUUAGCAUUUAAGCCAACAAAGCAGCUAAUGUCCUCUGAACAGCAAAGGAAAUUCAGCAGCCAGUCCAGUCGGGCUCUGACCCCUCCUUCCUACAGUACUGCUAAAAAUUCAUUGGGAUCAAGAUCCAGUGAAUCCUUUGGGAAGUACACGUCUCCGGUAAUGAGUGAGCAUGGGGACGAGCACAGGCAGCUCCUCUCUCACCCGAUGCAAGGCCCUGGGCUCCGUGCAGCUACCUCAUCCAACCACUCUGUGGACGAGCAACUGAAGAAUACUGACACGCACCUCAUUGACCUAGUCACCAAUGAGAUUAUCACCCAAGGACCUCCGGUGGACUGGAGCGACAUUGCCGGUCUGGACCUGGUGAAGGCUGUCAUUAAAGAGGAGGUUUUAUGGCCCGUGCUGAGGUCAGAUGCAUUCAGUGGACUGACGGCCUUACCUCGAAGCAUCCUUUUAUUUGGACCUCGGGGAACGGGCAAAACAUUAUUGGGCCGAUGCAUAGCCAGUCAGCUGGGGGCCACGUUUUUCAAAAUUGCCAGUUCUGGACUUGUUGCCAAGUGGUUAGGAGAAGCAGAGAAAAUCAUCCACGCCUCGUUUCUCGUGGCCAGGUGUCGCCAGCCCUCGGUGAUCUUCGUUAGUGACAUUGACAUGCUCCUCUCCUCUCAAGUGAGCGAGGAGCACAGUCCGGUCAGCCGGAUGAGAACCGAAUUUCUGAUGCAGCUGGACACUGUACUCACUUCGGCUGAGGACCAAAUCGUAGUAAUUUGUGCCACCAGUAAACCAGAAGAAAUAGAUGAAUCUCUUCGGAGGUACUUCAUGAAACGACUUUUAAUCCCACUUCCUGACAGCACAGCGAGGCACCAGAUAAUAGUACAACUGCUCUCACAGCACAAUUACUGUCUCAAUGACAAGGAGUUUGCACUGCUCGUCCAGCGCACAGAAGGCUUUUCUGGACUCGACGUGGCUCAUUUGUGUCAGGAAGCAGCAGUGGGCCCCCUCCAUGCCAUGCCAGCCACAGACCUUUCAGCCAUUAUGCCCAGCCAGUUGCGGCCCAUUACGUAUCAAGACUUUGAAAAUGUUUUCUGCAAGAUUCAGCCUAGCAUAUCUCAAAAAGAGCUUGAUAUGUAUGUUGAAUGGAACAAAAUGUUUGGUUGCAGUCAGUGAUAACUUCUUUAGGAAAAAAAAAUGUAAUGAAUGUUGGCACACACACAUAAAACCUGCUACAUAGGGAAUAGAGCCCCUUUCCAGUAGUGUUUAAAUUGCAAAGGGUCCUGGGGAAGACGCCGAUUAAAAGUUGCAUCUUUAGAGUCAGGGUAGAUUUGGAGGAAAAGUGCAUCACAUGAGAGCUUCCGAUUUGAAAGCCCCAGAUGACAGAAAGCGUUUGUGGAUGCUCAGUUCGGUUCAAGCUAGACAACACUCACCAAGGAGCAAGGUGCAAGUGUGUUGAUUUCAGAAGGACAUGAACCUCGUGUGUUGAUUCCAUUCUGCUGUUCUUGAGAUUUAGUUGCUGUCAAGUGCCUGGAGUGGUGCUUUAUUUUUUGUUUGCCUCACAAUUACAUUGGUGGCAUGUGCUAAUAUAAAGAGCUUUAACUUCAAACAUUAUUGGACUAAAGAGAUGAACGGUUGUGUUAUGACAGAAAACCAGAUUUUUGCCAUUUUAAGAGCAACAGUAUUCCUCAAUCCUGUCUGUUCUGCAGUAUUAAGCUAAGAACAGGUAAAACAGGGUAACGGUAAUCUGGACCUUAAUUUCUGCAGUUCAUUUCUUUUAAUGUUCUUGUCUGCAAAAACUCAGGAAAGUGAUUGUGAUUUGUACAGUACCUCAAAGGAAUGUGUUGAAAGCACUAUGUACUGCUGAGAGUAAUAGGAUAGGCUUCAAUGUUACUUUAUAUUAAAAUGUAUGUUUACCUCAACAAUUGGAAAAUAGCAAGGAAAAUUACUUUGAAUGUAUCCAGAAAAAUAUUGACGUGUGAUACAACUGAAUAUUUACCAGUUAAAGUAGAAAUGGAAGGAUUAAAACAAACAAAAAAAAAAGUUCUUUUACUAAAUAUGGGGAAUUAACCAGAGUGGAAUAAUCCUGUGUUGUCAAUAACUGCAAGAGUUCUUAGUACAUUGCUCCUUGAUAAUUAAGUGAAAAUGUUCUUAAAAGGUACACUGGUUAAUUGAAAGUUACUUAUUCAGUUUAUGUUAGUGUCUAGAACAGUCAGCCACAAGACCUGUUUAGGACCCUGAAAGUCACAGUCCCUAAAAUAGACGACUGCCUUUCACUGCUUACCGGGUAGUGCUGGCGGUGGUGGUUUGCAAGUGAUCUCUUGGAACUGCUGGGAAUGGUGUCAUUCUAUUCACUAAUCUAGCUUAUAGGCUUGCUGUGCUGUUUGAUAGAAUGCAGAGGAUAGCAACCAAAACAAUAACUCACAGAUAAAAAACAAAAACCAACCAACCGACAUGGAUAUCUUAAUUCUCUCCACAAAGAACCUUUACAUCACCCCGCCCUUCUUUGGGACUCCAUCCUUGUCAGUGCAAUUUUGCUUCUCCUCUUGGAAUCUGAGCUGUAGUCCUCCCCUGUUUAUUUCUACCUCAGUUUUGUUACAUUUCUCUUGGAAAGUAAAGUAGAAAAUUGGAAGUGCGCACAUACUCUGCAAUAUAGUUUGCCAAAUUCUGUUUUCUCCCAUCUUUCCCUGUAAGUCUAGUUUCCACAAGCACCAGUAUUUAAACUUAGGUCCAGCUCGGUCGCCCACUCCCCUCUUGUCAUACCCGGCAUUUUUCUGAAUUUCCCAUUACUCUCCUGCUCCCCACCAGGUUGUUCUUUGUACCCUUUAGUGCUUUAUGUGCAACUUUUCAUUGAUAGCUGGCUGAUGUUCAGCAAUACCUCUGAGCAGUUACAGCCCCGCAGUAGCUUUCCAGAGCCACUGCGCAUGCGUACGCAGAACAGCUGGCUUUUUGAAUGUAUUUUUCCUGGUUCCUGCCCCCGUUUCCUUUUUUCGUUUAGAGAUGCAGUAACAAAACUGUUUCCAAGCACUGGCAUUUUGUGUAUUCAUUAAGUGGUGUACAUUUUUUAAAAAAUUAAAUAAAUGCAAUGAGAAGCCCCAAGAAAGGUCUUUCUGUUAUUUUUUUCUUUCAAAAAUUUUUACCAGUCUCCUUCGCAAUGUCCAAGUCUCUGAAACACUUACCGUAGAGAAAGCUAGCGAGGAUUUCAUGAUAUUUCCGAAACUUCAUCAGGCUUGAUCGUUAGUCCCUGUUUUUAGUUUUCAUGUAGCUAAAAACUGAGCAAAUGAACCAGAAUUUAAUUUACUAUGAUGUUCUAGCAAUUAAAACUGUGCUUAGAUAUAAAUAUUCUGUAUUAAAGAGCAGUGCCUUUCAUGAAGGAUACAAAAAAUAAUAUUGAAGUACAUCCUCUGCUUUUCACAAGUGAAUAAAUGCUACCAUGGUAUUCUGGGUCUACCCUGCACAUCCUUUGUUGUAAGGAAAUUCUAAUAUCCACAUUAACUUGUAGGUUCAUAUUGAUCUCACUGACAAGUUUACUUUUGCACAGUGCUGACCUAUUUUCUGUCUUUUAGAUAUUACAUUUCAUAUCUGCCAACAUGCUGUGUUCACUUGAAAGCAUCUGGCAAGUUUUGACAAACCUAGUCUUAUUUAGACAAGUUUGGAAAAUCCAAUAUUGACCCACAUUUUUUUUUUUUUUUUUUUUGUGGCUGGUAAAACUUAAUGCCAAAUAUAUGACUGCACUAUUGUGUGUUAUACUCAUUUAUAAAACUGAAAAUAAAUUGAAGUCAUACAUCUUGGCUUUUAGCUUUAAAUGACUUAAAAAUUAGAGCUAUGAGUGACUUACAAAUGAGCUUGAGAUAUGAGUGGUCAGAAAUCUGUUUUUAGGCAGAAGCUGAAGUGUGUGAUUUUCAUUUAGCCUCACAAAAUCCAAGAUUUGAUCUCUUAGGAAAUUGGGCAUGUUGAAGAAAGGAAGAUCUUUUAGAGGAGAUGAGGCUGACCUCUGAUGGAUAGUGGUCCCCCGUGCGUCUUUGAUUCAGCACGGCAGUGUUAUGAGCUCUUCUGUAGACUAGCCUAAUAAUGAGCUCUUUUCUGGCCCUCCAUUCUGGAAGUUCGGGUGGGGGUGGGGUGCCACGUCCUCAGAAGUGAAUAUGUGCAAUUGGUGACCGCACAGCCGAGUAAUCGGGCUUCAUACUGUUGGCCUCUUUUUGACUGCUAAGAAUUUGGAGAAGGCUACUAAUGAAGGUAAGGUAACGAGCCAGUCCAAAUCCCUCACCGUCUGGCCGGGGGACUGAGCCAGACUUAACGGCCCCUAAUUCCCUUCUUCCCAACUGCAGUAACGUUUCCAACAGGGACAAACAGGAAAUGAAGGAGACUACUUCAGUAUUGGGAUCAACAGCAAUUCAAGAGGUAGUUGGUAAUGACCUUCUAUGUGACACAAAUGGAAAUACUCUAUACUUCUGGACUGCUUCUCUCCAAAAUACUUAGAACAUAGUGACAACAUGGAAAACUUUGCUGACUGAGCUGAUCAAUGGAAUGUGAAGGCAGUAUACUUUAAGGCUAUUUACUUUCGCACGGAGUGUUUAUCUAUUAGUCAGUUUGUAUUCGACUCAAAUGCAGAUAGACGGGUAUAAUGUUUUCUUGUGCAUUUGAUUUCUCCUAUCAAGGAGAAAAUAAACCAUUCCACUAAAAUACAUAGGCCAAACACCAUCUGGGAGAGUGAUAAAAGCUAACCAGAGGCUAUGCUAUGUAAAAUAGCAAGGUCAAUUUACAUGGGUUGCAUAGUACUUGGCUAUGCAGUUUUCAAAAGAAUACAUCCAAAAAAAUCCAAAUUAAUUCCUACAAUAGGUCUUUGUAAAUCGAAAUGUAUCUGUGGGUUGGAAAGUAUGUUUUAGAGACAUUCAGAGUUUCUUUCUCUAAAAAUGUAUCCGACUCCAAGCAGAAAGAUAACUUCUAUAAUCCCAUUCUCAUGUUUCUUAGCAAGAACUGAAUCAUGAUCAUUGAGUCCAUAUUUUGCAAAGUGAAAGGGACACUAUUGAGGCCGCUAAAGUAAAGUUCUAAUAUAUAUAUAUAUAUAAAUAUAAAAUUAGCGUGUUUGUGUGUGUAUGUGUGUGUUCUGUUUUCACCACCACCUAUUUGAACUUUAAAACCAACAUCUAGUUAACAUUAUUCAUAUGGAUCUGGUUACUUUCUUCAUAUGUGAGCGGUACUACAUGACCACUUUAUGAUUCAAAGUGUUUUAACAUGAUUUUUCUUUUUGAAAAGUAAGGCCUUCGGUUGUUGAAUCACCUGCUGAUUUCUAUAUGAAGCACAUUAGCAAACAUGGAGCUAUUUCAGAAUUCACAACCAGCUGUACUGGUGACUAACCAACACAUGAACUGAAGCUCCCACUCUGCUAAGACCUCUGGUUGACAUUCGAUUUUGAACCUGCCAGAUGCAUUUGUGUGAACCAGGGAUACUGCAUCUUUAAUGAACAAGUCUCUUCUCUUUCCCCUGUUUUUAAAUACAACACAAGCAGUGUAGCACUAGGCACUGCAAUUGUCAAAGACAAUUAGACUGAAAGCAGGAAAAUUUCACCUCCCUGUCUCAGUGAUAUGUGGAAUGUCGGCAGCGUGGGUCAGCCUUGCCACAGAGUUGUGUGGGAAUAUAUGAAUCAGUCCUAUAGAAUGUUAAAUAUUUAUAAAAUGGUUCUGUAGUACACCAAGGUUGGGAGCACAUUCAUUUCUUCAAGUUGUUUUAUGAUACAAAAAAA